AUGCCCGACGACCCGGAGAACAUGCGGGGUACCCGCGACUCAACCCGCCGCCCCAAUCCCGACCACGACGAGACCCCAAUAACAACCACGAUACCCGAUACAACCGCCCCGAGUAAACCCGUCUCGACGAGCGGUAAUGACACACCCUCGCUAGCGAGUCGCAUCCAGAGUUCCGCGGCCGGGCUAGCCUGGAGCGCGAUGCAGGGUGCGGGCUCGUCUUCGGAUGCGGCGCGAACGUUAGCCGGCGCGAUGCAGGGGAAGGCUGCUGGGCCGUCGGCACUUGCGUCGCCGGGUUUGGGGGGUUUGGUUAGUCGGGAUAUCGGUGCGCGAGGGUCUGGUGCUGGAGCGGGUGCUGGUGCUCGGGCAGGGUACUCCGGGCUAGGUGCGGAGUCCUUUCGCGAGACCUCGAGCGAGAGGACUGGCGGGGUUGAGAUUCCUGCGCUCUCGGAGGAGGCGUUUCAGCGAUUGGGCGCGUAUACGGAUGAAAUGGGUGUGCGGGUGGACAGCGAACAAGGGAAUGCGUACCGUGAUACGAGUCUGUCGGAUUUACAAGGCGAAACUGGGAAUUGGAAGGGCAAGCAGCGGGCGCAUGACCCGAUGCAACUGGAUUAUACCAGUGCCUGGGAGCGCGCAGAUUACCCCGGGUCUCAGGUACAUACGUACGAGGCACAAGCCAGCGACGGUGCCGCAGUGGUGUCUCUGCUCAAGGAUACGUCGUUCGAUCCGGACUUUGGGGGCCCGGAGGAUCUGGAUAUUGAUAUGGCCGCGACACCACCGCCACUAACGGCUGCAGAGAUCAAGAUGCUAGACUCAUUUCGACGGCAGAUUGGGGACUCGACGGACCCAAAUACCCAGCACCAACAGCCUGGCCUGUCGAGUCUCAGUCUUGUCCCGGAUAUAGACACUUUUCUCCAGCAGAACGACCCGUCUGCGUUUACCCAGAGCACGGGUACAGUUGCUGCGUCGGCUAUGUCCCUCCGCGACUCGGUUCUCGAAUAUCUCCCCGGUGCGGAAGACUGGGUUACUGUACAUGAGCGGUACCAUGAUGAAGUCUGGGGCUACCUACGGCCUGCGCUGGAAGCGGCCAAGGCAGAGAUUGAAGAGAAGAAGUCGGAGGGACGGGAGGAGGAUGACAAUGAUGGGCCGGCCGUGAGGCGGUUGAAGAUGAUAUUGAAGCAUAUGCGGGCGUGA